AUGCUUCACUCAGUGACAAUCGACAACCUGCGGCGCUUCCGCAUCCUCUUCGCCGGUGUGAUUCUCUCGAUCAGCAGCUCGACGCAGGGGGUCCACUCCGUCUUUGGCGUACUGCACCUUCAGCAGGCGUACCAGUUCAACGCACGAUCCAUGACCAUUGUCUACCUCAGCGGCGUCUCCGUCGGCCUGUUCACCCUGCCGUUCGGCGCGCUGUACGACUGGUUCGGGCCGCGCGUGGUGGUGGCGCUCGGCAGCGUCAUUGCGGCGCUCGGCCACCUGCUCUUCGCCCUCACCUUUGGCGGUCACAUCCCGCCCACGGUGUUGAACUGCGCCGUGUUCUACGCCAUGAUGUGCUGGGGCUGCUACGCGCUGAACGUGGCCGUGCUGCCCGCGGUGCUGACGCACAUGCCGCGCGACCGCGGCCAGCCGACGGGGCUGCUGCAGACGUUCACGGGGCUUGGUGCGUCUGUCUUUGCGUGCCUGUUCCGCGGCUUCUUCAAGGACAACUUCGCGCACCUCAUGUGGUUCAUGUUCGCGGUGACACUUGCCGCCGGUGCUGGUGGAGUAACCGAACGAGAGGAAUUGUGUACGCCCUUUCCCUCCAGCCCACUUGAAUCUUUGAGCAUGACCCACUGUACGGCACUCGGCACCGUUGCCCCUUCAUGCCUGUUUUGCUUCCUACUUACCCCUUCAUUUCCAUUCUCUCGCAUUCUCACCUCUCCUGCUUUACCCCUUUGCUUUCGGUGGCAUUUCCUGGCUCUGGCGUAUUCGAAACUGUGA